UUGUAAAUUCCUGGCUGUCAUUGUUUACGAGUCAAGCCCAGCUAUUGCACAGAACAUUCUCAAACACAGACAAGGCAUAUAGCACGUCCACUCCCUAGUUAUCGUCUACACACUGACAAGGAAACUUGUUUGUUUUGACGUGCCGUCCGUUUUAAAUGAAGACUCUUGUUUUGUAAUACUGACUCGCUGAGGUGAUGCGUCAUUGUUACGCAGUACUUCGUUACAUCACUCUGUUCCCGUGCAUGCUCGCUCUCACGCAUUUCUUUAGGAACCGGAAGAAAGGCAGGAUUACUUCUCUUAACGGACAGCUAACGUUACAUAAAUAAGCUAAGAUGAACACGGUCGAGUAUGAAGACAAUGAAUCCAAGUUCAUCAGGAAAGCAAAAGAGAAUCCAUUUGUCCCUAUAGGGAUGACUGGAUUCUUUGCCAUUGUGGCAUACAGGCUGUACAAACUGAAGAGCAGAGGUGAUAUGAAGAUGUCUGUCCACCUAAUUCACAUGCGUGUGGCUGCUCAAGGGUUUGUGGUGGGAGCCAUGACUUUAGGAGUUAUAUACACCAUGUACAGAGACUUUGUUAUGAAACCUGCUGCGGCCCAGAAAGCAUUAGAACAGAAGGCUUUGGAAAAAAAGUGAAGACCCUGAAAUACCCUUAGUAGCCACCUCAUAUUAAGGUGAUUCUUUGUAUUUAUUGCCCAAAUAAUUUAGGAUUUGCUCUUAAGAACUCUUUAGACGUUUUCUUAUUUAAACAUUAAUAAACUUUUGAGGUUGACAAUGUGUUUGAGGAGGACAAAAGUAUAUGUUAUUUUUAAAUGUACAUUGUAUGUGGAGAGAAAGUGAAUGUCUGCUAUUACACAUUCUGCACGCAAACUACAGCUCAUGUACCUUAAGGUCCAUUAAAAAACAGAUGGAAUAACAUGGUUGUUGCCUUAUUUUAAACCCAUGUCCUUGUUUCAGUAAAGAGUUGUGGCAUUAAUGCCUAUACACCUUGUAAUUGAACCUUUUUAUGUACAGUGAGGAAAUGGCACAUAUCACAUUAAGUGGGGACCUCACUAUUGCUAUAUAAAUAAUGGUACUACAGUAGAUCUUUGCAGAUUUAAUAUACCUGCCAUCAAAACAGGAUGUUCAUGCCAACAUUUGUUCCAUUUUGUUUGUUUGAGUUUAGAGUAUUACUUGGUUGUUUGAUUUUGAAGUGUAACUAAACAUUACAGAUAUGCUUUCAUAUUUAAAAAAUACAAAAUGUUAUUUAAAGAAUGAAUAUAUAUUUAGGAUAUGACCUACCGCUGUGCUUAUAUUUGUUAAUAAAAACAAUGUUAAUCAAAUAAAGCUAAGUUCUGUUUA